AUAUGUAAAAGUCAGAUUCAAACUCAAAAUGAAAUUAAGAAAAUUGAAACUGACAUUUAACAUAAACAAAAUAUCAAAGUCAAUUGAGAUAUGAUCCAUUGAAAUGUUUCUCUAUCAAUAACAUCUGAAAAUGGCCUUCAAAAGUUUCCGUGGUAAAAGAGGAAAUUCGUGUUCAUUAAGCAGAUAGUCCACGUGGAGUAUUCCAGUGUGCUAGAGAACACACACAAGUUCAUCUCUAGCCCUAGAAAGCAAAACAAAGAUUAAAUAUUUCUACUUGACCCAUCUAGUUGGGCCAAAUUACAUAUCCAAUAAUAUUCCACCAAAUAAGCAAGAAGAAAAUUCUUAUCGUGCAACCGAUCACAGAGGAUCACUAAACAACUCAGUUGUUCAGAAAAUCUGAAACCAAAACCCCUAACCUAAAAGCCCCUCCCAUGAGGUAAACACACACACACACACACACGUUAAUCCAGUUUUCUCAUCGGCAUCUGUUAAUCUCAUUUCUCCUCCGUAAAUAAGUAUAUCGCCGCCGGCCUGCCGUAUCCCUCCGGCGGUGCACAUUCAGUAUUCGUAUAUCUCGCCAUUCCGUCGCUACUCCGCGUACACAUCUAUCUCCACUUUCGGGAAAUCACAUUUGGGAUUUUAUUGAUUUCGUCUUCCGAUUGAGUGAUUUUGCUCGGAUUUCGCAUUGCGUUUUUCCUUCUCGAGAUCAGAAUUAUUUGAUUGAAGAUCGAUAUUUUUUUAUUUUUUUAAUUUAAAUAUUUAUAUUUGAGGAGCUAUUUGGUUUCUGAUUGAGCUUGCUGUUCGAUUGAAGCUUUCUGAGAUGGGAAUCGCAUUUUCUGGUGGAAUAUAAAUAAAAGCACUAACAUUGGUACGCAUGAAAUACGGGGCUUGCUGUAGAACAUGCUCACCCUGCGAUUGAUUCGCAGAUUCGGCACCGCACCCCAUAGGUUUUCCACCGCCGCCAUUGUUGAGAGAGCUACUAGCUCCGCUAGGAACCGUGUGCGAAAACCUAGUGAAGUAAGUGAGCCUGCACUGGUCAAGCUGAAAAACGAAAAAGACCCCGAAAAGUUGUUCCAUUUGUUCAAAGCCAAUGCCCAUAAUAAAUUGGUUGUCGAAAAUCGCUUCGCAUUCGAGGACACUGUUUCUAGGUUAGCUGGGGCCCGCCGCCUCGAUUACAUCGAGAAUAUUCUCGAGCAUCAAAAGACUCUGCCGCAGGGUCGGCGAGAAGGGUUCAUAAUCCGAAUAAUAAUGCUCUACGGCAAGGCCGGAAUGACUAAGCACGCAGUUGACACGUUUUGUGAUAUGCACUUAUACGGUUGUAAGAGGACUGUUAAAUCUUUCAAUGCUGCUUUGAAGGUAUUGACUCAGUCACGAGAUUUAGCGGCGAUCGAGUCGUUCCUAAGCGAUGUUCCGUUUAGAUAUGGCAUAGAGCUAGAUGAUUAUUCUAUUAAUAUUGUUAUCAAGGCUUUCUGUGAAAUGGGCAUAUUGGAGAAGGCUUAUUUAGUCAUGGUUGAGAUGGAGAAAUUGGGUAUAACUCCCGAUGUUAUUACGUAUACGACCCUCAUAGCAGCUUUCUACAAAGCGGACCGACCCAUGAUUGCAAAUGGAUUGUGGAAUUUGAUGGUGUUAAAAGGUUGUCUUCCGAAUGUUGCCACAUUCAAUGUUAGGAUUCAGUUCUUGGUGAACAAGGGGCGUGCGUGGGAGGCUAAUAAGUUAUUGGCUUUCAUGCGCCGUCAUAAGAAGUUUCCGGAAUUCCCCGAUGAGGUCACGUAUAAUUUGGUGAUUAAGGGUUUUUGCAGAGCAGGGUUUUUUGAAAUGGCGAUGAGGGUUUACUCUGCUCUGCAUAAAGAGGGCUAUAAGCCGAAUUUAAAAAUUUAUCAGACAAUGAUACACUAUCUAUGCGAAGCGGGAGAACUCGACUUGGCUUACACUAUGUGUAAAGAUAGUAUGCAGAAGAACUGGUUUCCCAGUGUGCACUCGAUCAACAAUCUGCUUCAAGGACUACGAAAAGAUGGAAGAGUAGACAAGAUUGAUAAGGCUAAGCAUAUCUACAGUCUUGUUCUGAAAAAGGUACCUCCUUUCCCUGCUGCGCAGAUUGAGAUCAUGAAUUCGAUAUUAUCAAGAAAUUGAAACUUAUUUAUUGGACCACGAAGUUCGAUACUGCAAUAUAUGGCGGAUAUAGAAUCUCAAAGGGAGCUACAUUGAGAUUCAUUGGUUAGUGAGCAAAGCGUACCGAGGCAAUGACUGCAUAUUGGAUAUCUUCAGUACUUAUGGUACCGUUCAAAUCAAGUGCCCGUUUAUAUGAGAGCUCUAAGAGCACAGCCAUCUAUUUGUGGUGAUGAAUGAAAAUGCAGUAUACAUGCGCCUCCAGUUUGAUACCCUGAAGUCCGUGCAGUUGGCAUGAAAUCGAGAAGCUUGAAGCAUUUUCUGUACGAACAGAAGAAAUGAAAUGAAGUCUGGAGAGAAGUCAGAUAUAAUACAAGAUGAAGAGAAAAGACUUCCUUGCCCUUUUAACUUUGUUUUCCAAAUAGUAUAUACAUGUUAAGGAAGCAUAAGUUAGCUCCCUUUUGUGUUUUAAAAAAAUGUAAUUUUAUAUCAUCGUUUAUAGAUAUUUUUCGGAAAUUUAUAAUCCACUUCUUCUGUUU